AUGGCCAGUUCUCAGUCAUUAGAACCCUCGUUCGGCUGGGAACCUUCUGAUCAUUUCCUCCUAGAGAAAUGGGACCCAGAAUCAUCUCUACACCAGGACGCGCAAGAACAGAACCUUAUUAGAGCCUGGAUUAACCUCGGCGAGCGUGGUCGUUCGCUUUACCGCGAGCGAUGUGACGAUAUACCUCUUCCUCAAUAUAUUCCUUCAAACUUAUCGGUCUUUGAGAAGCGUCGCAAGGUGACAGACUCAGGCGAGUGGGAUACUGCUGCUAGUGCUAUAUGGAUUCGAACAUGGUAUGGCAAUGAAGCACGUCUCGGGGAAGGAUCGGGUGAAGACAUUGUCACUCGUGCAGGUGCCGACGAGGCAUAUCUUCGCUUAUGGCGGACAGCCUUGCAUCCUUAUCAGCACCAUUACGAAUUUGAUGCGGCUAUGUUUGGGCCUUUCAUCUUCGACGACAACGAUGCCGCAUAUGGAGUGGCGGCAGGGGACGCAGACGAUGAAGUCGAGCUGAUGGAUGGCAUACCCUCUUUUAUCUUAAGCGCCCUAAUGCGAUGUCCCGACGCGAUAGAAGGAAGUAGUGAGCGUGAGAUAAUGGAGGAGGACGAUCACACAGAAUUGCAACAAAGCUUACUUGUCGUGGUCGCAGACCGCGAGGCAUGCGAAGAGGGAUGGAUACUGCUGAUUGCCCUCAAUCAUAGAGGCCAGGCAUUGCACAUGCGUGUGCGCUGCAAGGCUUAUCAGGUUUGGGAGCAGGUCAACCAUUUCAGAGAUGGAGGCGACCCGUUAGAUAUCACAGAAAGCAAAAAGAAUGUAGUCGACUACCUGGAUGGCAAUCGAUCAGGUGAUGGAUGGGACGAAGACGAACCUCAGGCUUAG